AUGGGCUGCUGCUUCAGCAAGAAGCGCAAGAAGCAUCCGGACGGUUCCGCGGCCGCCCUCCCUGGCCGCUACAGGCCGGAGGACCGCGACCCGCCGUCCCCGGAGGAGGAGAAGGUGAAGGAGGUGCUCUCGGAGACGCCGAGCGCUAAGGUAACGGUGGUGGAUCCCAAGCCCGUGGCCAAUGCCGUGGCGGUGGAGGAGCAGGAGGUGACUUUGAAGGUGAAGGCCGUCGCAGAUGCCGCUGCGAGCGAUCUCGGCAGCUGCUUCUCGCUGGCCACCGACGAGCGGUCCGAGGCGGCGUCCGAGUCGUCCGUCGCGACCAGCUCCGUGAUGGGGCCGGAGCGGUCGCCGGGGAAGCCGGCGGCCAGGCGGCGCCCGGUCUCCGGCGAGCUGGGGGGAAUCGCCCGGCGCGACCGUGACCGUGCUGUCGCCGCUUCCUACGGCGUCCGGUCCCGCAGCUGCCGCGCUUCGCCGUCCCCUCCGCCGCGGCGGGAGCCGCCGCGGGACCGGUCCGUGAGGAGGUCGCCGUCGCCGGCGGCGAAGCGGGCGACGACGACGGAGCAGCAUCGGGCCGCGAGCCCGGCCGCGCCCCUGCAGCGGAAGCCGCCCGUCCCGAGCAGGCGCGCCUCGCCGCACCGGGCGCGGGAUGCGGCUCCUCCUCCGCCUCCGCCGCCGCCGCUAUCCCCGCCACCGCAGCCGGAAGAGGACGCCGUGGCCGCGGGAGGCGAGGACAGAGUCGCCGGGGACAAUGCCAGCGGUAACGGGCAAGGCCACGGCGACAGCGACGGCGAGGGGAAGGAGUCGCUGGAGAACCCGUUGGUGUCCAUGGAAUGCUUCAUCUUCCUCUGA